AUGACCCAGUGUACCAGGGUGACCCAGUGUACCAGGGUGACCCAGUGUAUCAGGAUGACCCAGUGUAUCAGGGUGACCAAGUGGAUCAGGGUGACCCAGUGUGCCAGGGUGACCCAGUGUAUCAGGAUGACCCAGUGUACCAGGGUGACCCAGUGUAUCAGGAUGACCCAGUGUACCAGGGUGACCCAGUGUACCAGGGUGACCCAGUGUAUCAGGAUGACCCAGUGUACCAGGGUGACCCAUUAUACCAGGGUGACCCAGUGUACCAGGGUGACCCAGGGUGACCCAGUGUACCAGGGUGACCCAUUAUACCAGGGUGACCCAGUGUACCAGGGUGACCCAGGGGUGACCCAGUGUACCAGGGUGACCCAGUGUACCAGGGUGACCCAGUGUGCCAGGGUGACCCAGUGUACCAGGGUGACCCAGUGUACCAGGGUGACCCAGUGUACCAGGGUGACCCCAGUGUACCAGGGUGACCCAGUGUACCAGGGUGACCCAGUGUACCUUGGUGACAAAGUGUACCAGGGUGACCCAGCACACCAGAGUGACCCAGUGUACCAGGGUGACCCAGUGUACCAGGGUGAACCAGUGUACCAGGGUGACCCAGUGUAUCAGGAUGACCCAGUGUACCAGGGUGACCCAGUGUACCAGGGUGACCCAGUGUAUCAGGAUGACCCAGUGUAUCAGGGUGACCAAGUGGAUCAGGGUGACCCAGUGUGCCAGGGUGACCCAGUGUAUCAGGAUGACCCAGUGUACCAGGGUGACCCAGUGUAUCAGGAUGACCCAGUGUACCAGGGUGACCCAGUGUACCAGGGUGACCCAGUGUAUCAGGAUGACCCAGUGUACCAGGGUGACCCAUUAUACCAGGGUGACCCAGUGUACCAGGUGUACCAGGGUGACCCAGUGUACCAGGGUGACCCAGUGUACCUUGGUGACAAAGUGUACCAGGGUGACCCAGCACACCAGAGUGACCCAGUGUACCAGGGUGACCCAGUGUACCAGGGUGACCCAGUGUACCAGGGUGACCCAGUGUACCAGGGUGACCCAGUGUACCAGGGUGACCCAGUGUACCAGGGUGACCCAGUGUACCAGGGUGACCCAGUGUACCAGGGUGACCCAGUGUACCAAGGUGACCCAGUGUACCAGGAUGACCCAGUGUACCAGGGUGACCCAGUGUACCAGGGUGACCCAGUGUACCAAGGUGACCCAGUGUACCAGGGUGACCCAGUGUACCAGGGUGACCCAGUGUACCAAGGUGACCCAGUGUACCAGGGUGACCCAGUGUACCAGGGUGACCCAAUGUACCAGGAUGACCCAGUGUACCAGGGUGACCCAGCACACCAGGGUGACCCCAGUGUACCAGGGUGA